AUGGACCCAAACUGGCCGUACCUCCGUGGAUACGAGGCGUUCAAGCGUGUUGGCAGCGACGUCUUCUUGACUGUCUCUCCGGGGAAGAACCAUCUGUUUGUAGCAGACGCGGAAGUCACCUUUCAAAUCACCUCACAACGCAAUCGGUUCAAGAAACCCAUUGAGAUCUACAAGAAUGUUGAUCUUUACGGAAAAAAUGUCGUUUCAACUGAAGGCACAAUCUGGAGGCAGCAUAGAAAACUUACGUCGCCUUCUUUCUCCGAGACCAACAACGAAUUGGUUCGCGUCUUAUGGCCACACGAAGAAGAGAAAGAGGCACCGAGUGAUGCUCUAGCGAGCACCAGGCCCUCCGCGGGCCACACGAUGUCCUACCGAGACUCUAUCAGCUUCCUGAUGGAACAUGUUAUUUGGGUUCCUCUGCUGCCGGAUUGGUUCAGACCCAUUUCACCAUGGAACGUUCACAGGAAGACGCACGAAGCGUACACCGAAUUUGGCAAGUAUAUGGCGGAGCUUUACGAAGCUAAGAAAUCCGAGAUCUCCGCCGGCAAGACCGAAUCCGACGGCCUUGAUUUGCUGGGCGCUCUGGUGAAGGGCGCAGGAAUCAGCCAGCAACCUGCCUCCACGAACAACGCAGAUCCGGAAAAGAACAACCCCUCCAAAGGGCAGCUCCUGAGCAAUUCAGAGAUCAUCGGCAACGCUUUCGUCUUCCUAAUAGCGGGCCACGAAACAACGGCGAAUGCAUUGCAUUUCUCGCUCUUGCAUCUGGCUUUAAAUCCCAGCUUCCAAGCGCCGUUGCAGAAAGAGCUUGACGACAUCUUCGGAGACCGGCCAAUCAGCGCAUGGAAUUAUGAGCAAGACUUCCCGAAGCUCUUCGGUGGCAUGGCCGGUGCGGUGAUAAAUGAAACCCUCCGUAUGCUCCCCGCGGUGAUUUCAAUACCCAAGUCCACGCAGAAGGGUGAACCACAAGCGCUCAACUUCGAUGGUCGCCAAAUAGUUGUGCCGGAGAGCUGCGCAAUAGGCCUCUGUGGUGCUGGUGUAGGCAACAAUCCAAAGUACUGGCCUUCUGGACCUGACCAUGGCUCUCGGAUGCCUGCAGAUGAUCUAGAUCAAUUCAAACCGGCGCGUUGGCUGGUUGACUCAAGCAAAGUAGCGUCCACCACCAACGCUGACAACGACGAGCCUGAUACCGAGGAGUUUGGAGGUCCGCAAGGCCCCCACAGCGCAGCAUCUCUUUACCAUCCUCCCAGAGGUGCUUUCAUCCCUUUCAGCGAGGGACCGCGAUCUUGCCUUGGCAGGAAAUUUGCACAGGCCGAGUUGUUCGCCGCGCUUGCCGUCAUCUUCCGCUUCUACAGCGUAGAGCUCGCGACUGACGAAUGGGAGGCGGACGAGGCGGUUAAUGCCAUGAAAAAGGGUGGUCCUGACAGAAGGCAGGUGUGGGAGAAGGCUGCGAACAGAGCCACCGAUCUUCUCAAGCAUGGUAUGGGCUCCAUGAUCACCUUGCAGAUGCGUGCGGGGCGUGUGCCUCUGCGGCUUGUCAAGAGGGGUGAGGAGCGUUUUGUGUUCGGUUGA